AUGUCGCUGGCCAAAGGCGCUGCUCUGCCGCCGCUGCUCCUCUCGCCGAAGCAGCUCUCGGGUCUGCUCGGCGCCGCGCGCCCGAUCCGUCUCUUGGAUGCGACCUGGUUCCUGCAGAUGCCGGGCCAGCCCGUGCGCAACGCGCACGCCGAGUUCCUCACCGGACCCCGCAUUCCCGGCGCGCUCUUUUGGGACGUCGACAAGGUCGCGACGGUCGGCGCGGCAGUGCACAACAUGCCGCACAUGAUGCCUACCGGCCCUGUGUUUGCCGAGGCCGCACGCGCACUCGGAAUCGCCAGGGAUACGCACGUCGUCGUCUAUGACACGCAUGGCAUCUUUUCGUCGCCGCGCACUGCGUUCACGUUCUCGGCGUUCGGACAUGAAGCCGUCUCGGUGCUCGACGGCGGCCUCCCGGCAUGGGCCGACGCGGGCUUUCCGCUCGACACACAGGCACUGACCAGCGACCCGGCCGUGCAGGCGUCCGAGUACGCCACGCCGACGCUCCGCGAGGGAUGGGUGCGCUCGUUCGAGGAGAUACUCGCCAAUACGAGCAUGGGUCCCCGCGCACAGACCGUGCUCGACGCACGUCCCAAGGCGCGCUUUGACGGCCACGGGCCGGAGCCGCGCCCGGGCCUCGCGUCGGGGCACAUUCCGGGUGCGCGCUCGCUGCCGUUCUCGAGCGUGCUCGACACGCACACGACGACCGACAAGCAGAUCCCCGAGAGGACGUUUACGACGCUCAAGCCGCAGCACGAGCUGUGGAAGCUCGUCAACGCGGCCGUCGGCGGCGAGGACGGCAUCGAGAAGCUGCGCCACGACAGCAGCGCGCGUGGCUCGCUCGGCGUGUCGCUGUCGUGCGGCAGCGGCAUGACUGCGAGCGUGCUGUGGCUCGUGCUGCAGCAGCUCGGUGUCGACGCUGCUGUGUAUGACGAGAGCUGGCUGGGCUGGGGCCGCCGUGGCGCGCAGGGCGAGGCGCCUGUCGAGGUGUCGCCCAAGGACGAGUAA